AUGGUCUCCCUCCUCUGCUGCGGGCCGAAGAUGGCCGCCUGCGGGAUCGUGCUCAGCGCCUGGGGAGUCAUCAUGCUGGUGAGGAGCGAAGCGUGUGUGUGCGAACGCCCAGAUGCGUGUCGGGGCGGGGGGCGGGGGCUGACAGCCCUUGGUCUUCUUCUCCCCCCCCAUUAACCCAUCCGAGUUUGGCCCCCGCCCCUUGAUCCGGGGCUGCUGCACCCGGAGCGGCUGAUUCAGACGUGCAGCAGGAGCAGCAGCCGGAACUGCAAGGACCCUUUUUUGCGGGGAGGGUGCAGUGAAGGGAAGAUGGAUUUUGGGGACAUGGGGGGCAAAUCUUUGGAAGCAAGGGCAGAAUGGGGGGCGGGGAGGUGAUGGGGAGAGGUGCCCCCUCCCACGAAUUUAGUAAUUGAACUGAUUUUCUGGCGCCUUGGCCUCUGACAGUCCUUCCCCUCCACUUCCUCCUCCAGCUUCCCCAUGAGAGGCUUGGAAAGGGUGACUGUGGCUCAGGCGGGUGUCAGUCACUGGGCGAGGGGGGCACCAGGGCGAAUCCUCCCCCCCCCCCCACACGCACACAGCCCGGGGAAAAACCAGGCCUGUCUAAAUAGAGGCAUGUUGGGUAAACAGCAGAGGAGGAGGUGGGGUUACGGAGCAUGUGCAGAGAGCAGCAGGUAACUGGCCAGAGGGCAGGAAUACCUUCAGGGGGGACACCUGAGUGGCUUUUUAGGGGUGGGACUCCUAUCAGGUAGGGUUCCUUCUGGGAGAUCAGGGUUUCCUUCAUGUGCAGUUGGAAGAACUGGGCGAUCUUUUUUGGGGGGUGGCAGGUGGCAAAGGAGACCCGAGCAAGCAGCUGGCAUGUAGUUUGGGGUCUGUUUUUGGAGGGGCUUGCCACCCCACUGCAGAGGGUGCUGGGUUCCUCAGGCUUAGAUUGUGCCUGCUGCAAAAGGAGAUCUGGGCUGGUUUCUCCUCUCAAUUCUGUGGGACGGUGGGUCUGGGGCGCUCCCUCCUCCUGAAUGGGGCAACUGUGCCCCUGAAAGACCAGGUGCGCAGCCUGGGAGGCGUUUUGGACUCUCAGCUGUCCAUGGAGGCGCAGGUCAAUUCUGUGUCCAGGGCAGCUGUUUAUCAGCUCCAUCUGGUACGCAGGAUGAGACCCUCCCUGCCUGCCUGUGUACUGUCUGGCCAGAGUGGUGCAUGCUCUAGCUAUCUCCCGCUUGGACUACUGCAAUGUGCUCUACCUGGGGCUACCUUUGAAUCCAGAAUAUGGCAGCUGGACUGGUGACUGGGAGCGGCCGCCGAGACCACAUAACCCCGGUCUUGAAAGACCUGCAUUGGCUCCCAGUCCAUUUCCAAGCACAAUUUGAAGUGUUGGUGUUGACCUUGAAAGCCCCAAAUGGCCUCUGUCGAGUAGACCUGAAGGAGUGUCUCCACCCCCAUCCUUCAGCCUGGAUGCUGAGGUCCAGCUCCAAGGGCCUUCUGGCGGUUCCCUCCCUGCGAGAAGCGAGGUUACAGCGAACCAGGCAGAGGGCCUUCUCGGUGGUGGCGCCCUCCCUGUGGAACGCCCUCCCACCAGAUGUCAAGGAAAUAGACAACUAUCUUACUUUUAGAAGACACCUGAAGGCAGCCCUGUUUAGGGAAGUUUUUAAUGUUUGAUGUUUUAUCGUGUUUUUAAUAUUCUGUUGGGAGUUGCCCAGAGUGGCUGGGGGAACCCAGCCAGAUGAGUGGGGCAUAAAUGAAUGAAUGUAUGUAAUAAGAAUUACUAGUACUACAACUACUGUAGGGGGGUGGCCACUGUGGCUCCCCCUGCCCUCCACUCUCCGGAGAGACUACCCCUGUUUCUCCUCUGCUCCUUUAGGUGCUGCUGGGCAUCUUCUUCAACGUCCACUCAGCGGUCCUCAUCGAGGACGUCCCCACCAACGAAGAUGACUUCACGUGAGUAGGGCAGGGUGGGGUCCUUCUUUUCCUGUGGGGCGGUGGGCAGCAGUGGCAGCAGCCUUGUGGCUGGCAAGGGGGGAGGAUCAGCCAGGAAGGAGGGAAGGAGAACUUGUUCCCAUCUCCCACCCACCUACCCACACCUGGUGGGUGCCAAACAUACACAACCCCCCCCCCCCGCCACUGCCUUGGGUUAGCUGCUGCUCCAGGAGGGAAAGGGGGUUGUGAAGUGGGAUUCUGGAGGAACUGUGGGGCAGGGCUGGGUGUGUGUGUGUGUGUGUCCUGUGAGAGCUGGGAACCUGACCACCCUCUUCCUCUCUCUCUGCCCCCCAGAGGUGGUCCAGACAAGAUUUACGCCCUGUAUGAACAAGUCAGCUACAACUGCUUCAUUGCGGCCGGCCUCUACGUCCUCCUGGGGGGCUUCUCCUUCUGCCAAGUGCGCCUCAACAAACGGAAGGAGUACAUGGUCCGCUAA